UUUUUUCUUCAAUUUUGAUAAUAAUUUAUAAAACAAAUUGAAAACCAUGGACUCAGCUGCAGCAGGAAGUUCCACAAAACAACUGAACGAAAGCGGAUCAUCAUUAAAAAAUAAAAGAAAGUUCGUCGAGGAGAUUGAUCCAUUGAAUGAAAUGCUGUCGAGAAAAUAUAAGAGGACGAAGAUGUACGCUGGGAGAAAAAGGGCUGUAAAUCCAGAAGUUCCAAGUCUCAAAGAUACUUGCAUAAAUUCCCUAAAGAAGAACUUAGACGAUUUAAAAUCUACUCAAGGGAUCCCGUUCGACUAUCUGGAACCAGCCCUGAAAUUCGCUACUCCCGAGCAGUUGCACAGAAUUGAAAAAAAUAAUAUUUAUCUGAUGCAACACACCAAUAAACUGUGGGAACACCACACUAAGAAACAUUUUCCGAACGAGUACCCUUACAAAGAUGAAUCAUGGAGAGACGUGUACUUUACAUGCGUAGAAAAACGCGAAGAUAAAUUUAAUGUGUUGCGGUUGAUGAUGAAGUCGAACUCACUCAAUAACAAACGUGGUAUUGUACUAGUACCAGCCGCGAAAUGGUAA